AUGAACUCUGAGUACGAAGUUUCCUCAGAAAUCUACGAAGAACACGAUUAUACAUGCAAAUCGAAGGCAAUAGUUAACAAUGACAACAUUGUGUCGAGGUUUGUUUUCACGUUGAAACCUGAAAAAACUGAACCUGACGAGGACGGCGACUUACAAGUGACAAGGAGAAAAAGUGUGGAGAAGUGCAUUGAAAUAGAACACAGCAAAAGUACUGUUUUAAAAUUGGUGGGGCUGCAAAUCUGGAGAGGGGCAUUUUUAUUGGCUGACUGGUUAAUAGAGUGUGCGGAUAAUUUUCCUAAGGAUUGCAUUAUUUUGGAAUUGGCGGCUGGGGUAGGGUUAACAAGUGUUAUAGCCUCUAUGUAUGCUAAAGUUUACAGUACUGAUGUAAAUAGAGGUGAAUUGUUUAGGUUAAUUGAAAGUAACUAUAAAAGAAAUAAACACUUAUGUAAACAUCCUCUUAAAGUAGCUGAAAUAGACUUUAUGUCAAGUAAUUUAUCUAGAGAAAUACUUGCUAUUCUACCCAAAGUUUCAUAUAUUAUAGCAGCCGAUGUUGUGUAUGAUAACGAGUUAACUAAGGCAUUUGUUAAUACAGUAGAUUUACUAUUAUCUGUGCCCCCACAGAGGUCCAUUGUAAUUGCACUUGAAAAAAGGUUUGUUUUUACUUUGGCGGACUUUGAUUCUGUAGCACCCUGCUACGAUUAUUUUGUUGAUUGUUUAAAAAGUCUAAAAAAUGUUACAUUUGAAGAGAUUGACUGUGAUUUUCCUCAGUAUUUUAAGUAUGACCGCGUGAAACAGUUGGUUUUAUGGAAAAUAACUUCCAAAUUUUGA